AUGGGUGUUCCGUCAUUUUUUAGAUGGCUUUCAAGAAAGUACCCAAAGAUUAUUUCCCCAGUAUUGGAGGAAACUCCUCAGGUCGUUGAUGGUGUUACGCUUCCAGUAGAGUACGCCGCGCCAAACCCAAAUGGGGAACUGGACAACUUAUAUUUGGACAUGAAUGGUAUUGUUCAUCCAUGCUCACAUCCAGAAAAUAAGCCUCCUCCGGAGACAGAGGACGAGAUGCUGCUCGCCGUGUUUGAAUAUACGAAUCGUGUUUUAAACAUGGCAAGGCCUCGCAAAGUGCUAAUGAUAGCUGUUGAUGGUGUUGCCCCGCGUGCAAAGAUGAAUCAGCAGAGAGCACGUAGAUUCAGAAGUGCAAGAGAUGCUCAAAUACAAAAUGAAGAGCGUGAAAGACUGCUAAUGGAACGUGAAGAGUAUGGUGAGAUUAUCGAUGACAGCGUGAAGAAUAAGAAGACUUGGGACAGUAACGCCAUUACCCCAGGUACGCCCUUCAUGGACAAGUUAGCCUCUGCUUUAAGAUACUGGACGAGUUUCAAGCUUGCUACUGAUCCAGGGUGGAAAAAUCUGCAAGUAAUUAUCAGUGAUGCCACCGUUCCAGGUGAAGGUGAACAUAAGAUAAUGAAUUUUAUUAGAAGUCAGAGAUCCGAUCCUCAGUAUAACCCUAAUACUAAGCACUGUAUUUAUGGUUUAGAUGCUGAUUUAAUUUUCCUCGGAUUGGCAACUCAUGAACCCCACUUUAAGAUUCUUCGAGAAGAUGUAUUCGCACAAGACAACCGUAGAAGACAUCGUAUACAGGACACUCUGAAUAUGACAGAAGAAGAAAAACAGGAGCUAUCAAAACAGGAUUCCGAGAAGCCGUUUUUAUGGCUGCAUAUAAGUGUUCUGAGAGAAUAUCUAGCAGUCGAACUCUUCGUUCCACGGCUCGCGUUUGAUUUUGAUUUAGAAAGAGCGAUCGACGAUUGGGUAUUCAUGUGUUUCUUUUGUGGUAACGAUUUUUUGCCACACUUACCAUCUUUAGAUGUCAGAGAGAAUAGUAUUGACAUAUUGGUCGACAUUUGGAAGACAGUUUUACCACGAUUCAAGACAUACAUGACAUGCGAUGGUGUUUUAAACCUCGAGUCUGUUGAAUUACUUUUAGAGCAACUGGGUAUACGGGAACCGGAAACUUUCAAGGGCCGGUAUGUUCAAGAAAUUCGUAAGCAAGAAGCAGCUAAGAGACGCAAGAUGUUGAAAAAUAGCAAUGUUACGAAAGGCAAGAAUGACAAGAACUUUACAGUUCCGCUUGAAAAUAUUCCUCUUUAUGAUGUUGGUGGGAAUGCGGCGAAAGGGUCUUUGAAUUUAUCCAAUAGCGAUUUUGUGAAACUUAGGAAAGAAAUGAAUCUUGCCAAUGAGGGUGAUAAAAACUCAGCUAAUGCAUUGAAAACUCAAAGUGAGCAAAAUAAGAAAAUAGUGGAAGAAUUUUCCCCUGAGGAGUUGAGCAACGCAGUAGAAAUUGCUAAUAAAGCUAACUUUAGUGCAGCCGCUCUCAUGAGACAAAAAAUACUUGCCAAGAAACGUAAGCUCGAUAAGGAAGAAGAGGACGCGAAGAUUAAACAAGAGAAAAUGUCUCAGAAACUUGAAGAAGCAAAUGAGACAACUGCAGUUAAAGAGGAAGCUAUAGAGGACAGCGCAGACGAUAAUUCAUUGAAGCGAAAGCAUGAGGAUACAGAAGAAGGUUCUGAAGACACCACUGGGACAGAAAUGGGAAAUGAAGAAAGUGACAGUAAAACUCCUGUUCAAGUUGUGCAUACUGGUAACGGUGUUAGUGGGGUAAUAGACACUGAUGAAGAAGUCAAAUUAUAUGAACCUGGCUAUCAUGAUAGAUAUUAUGUUGCCAAGUUUCAUGUCUCUCAAGAUGAAAUUGCUCGUUUACAGAAAGAUGUGGUCCGCUGUUACAUAGAGGGGGUUUCCUGGGUUUUGCUUUAUUAUUAUCAGGGCUGUGCCUCGUGGAAUUGGUAUUACCCUUAUCACUAUGCGCCUUUUGCAUCUGACUUCAAGGGUAUCAAGGAUAUUCAUGUUGAAUUCGAGAAAGGGCAACCAUUUCUACCAUAUGAACAAUUGAUGAGUGUUUUGCCAGCCGCCUCAGGUCACAAUUUACCGCAAGUUUUCAGACCAUUGAUGAGUGAACCUGAUUCAGAAAUUAUUGAUUUCUAUCCUGUUGAAUUCCCUAUUGAUAUGAAUGGUAAGAAGAUGUCUUGGCAGGGAAUUGCUCUCCUUCCAUUCAUAGAUGAGCAAAGACUUCUCAAGGUUGUGCGAAACCAAUAUCAAUUUCUAACUGAGGAUGAAAAGAGACGUAAUAUGCGAAAGGAUGAGGUUCUUCUGAUUAGUAGCAAAAACCCUAAUUAUGAAAAGUUUGCUUCUCAGCUUUAUGGCGAUAGGCCCGUGGAAGUCGUUAAAUUUCAACACUUCAAGAGCGGAUUAUCUGGAGAAGCCUUUAAAGACAAAGAAGGUUUUACCUUGAACAGUAAGCUCAGCAGUCCGGUGAAUGGAGGGAGUUUGCCUGAUCUGAGCACCAAUCUAUUCCUCAAAGUGGGGUACCAGAUGCCAAUUCCUCCCAGUCAAAGUAAAGCAUUGAUUUUAAAUGGGUUCAUUCCCUCCCAGCCCAUGUUGACGCCACAAGACAGAGACGCUAUCAUUUACAAAUACAAUCAACGAUGGAAUGCGAUGGACAUAAAGAACAAUAUAGUUCCGGUGGGCCCUUGUACGUCAACCCAAUAUCAACCUCGUAUUGGGGGUUAUAAGGCGUUCCUUUUCCACCAGCAGGUGCAAAACCAACCGUAUGCCAACGCACCCGUGAAUAUGAAUACUAAUUCUUAUGGUCAAUCUCACCCACAUGUUCAUUCUCAUUCUUAUGGGAACUCGCGUUAUGGAAAUUCUACCCAGAACGCAAAUUCAAGAUCAUACGGAAAUGCUCGUUCUUAUCGUAAACCUCAACAAAAUUAUAACGCACAAAGCCGCUACUCGAGGUAUUCAGGCUCAACCCGUCAACCAAACCCACGUACGGGCUAUUAG